GGCGUUUCCUGCCUGAAUUUUUGUCUAUGCUUUGUGAAUGUAAACCUAAUAUUGUUUUAUAAUGUUUUUAAGUUAAUUAGUUAUCAUAUAAUUCGUAGUGAGUUUAUAUUAUUAGUGAAUCUUGUGGAUAUUUAAAAUAAAAUGUCGUUAUCCGACUCCGAUGAAACUUCUACACGUCCAAGAAGGACUAAAACUAAAAAGCAAUGCAUUGUAGAUGGCUGCCUUACGAAUGGAUGUCCACCAAAUAGUACUCAUUGUUUGACAAGAGAACGUUUUAUUCCUUGGAUGAAAGCAAUAAAACAAUCACCAGAAAAUGUUAAAACACCAAAAUAUGAUAGUUAUAUUUGCCAGAGACAUUUCGCUCUUUCUCAACGUGUUGGAUGCAACCUAAAACCAAAUGCAAUUCCCACAUUAAAUUUACCCUCUCACAGUAAUUCCAAAGAGUGCACCAAAGAAGAAAUCGAGCAAGAAUUUUUUCUUGUAAAAGCUAUAAUCAACGCUGAAAAGAAGGUGGCUGCCAAUGAAGUACCAUUUAUGAAUCAUUAUUAUUCCCAGUUAAUACUAUUUAAUGACUUAAUACCUACGAAAAAAGAACUUGCCUGGAGGCUAGACCUUCUCGGAAUCAAAUACAAGGAGGACGAAGAAGUUGACGUUAAAGACACGGUGGUGGAUGUUUGCUCAAAACAAUCCGAGCCGAUUUUUAUUGAAACGCCUACUUACCUUGAGACAACAUUGAUCGACGAAGUCGAUGACGAAUUCGUCGAAGACGUACCAGCAUUUAUAUCAGCAAGUAAUCUAUUAGAACUUAUGAAAGAAGAAAUCACCAAUCCUAAUGAAAACACAUUAGAAAAUGAUGACGAUAAUCCUGACGAUCCUGAUGAGUUUAAUGAUGAUGAUAAUGAUCCUGACUAUGAAUGUAGUAACGAUGAUGAGGAGGAGGAGGAUGAUGAUAAUGAUGCUGAUUAUGUACCUGAAACACCAUCGGGCAAAAAAAGAGGGCCGAAAAUAAACAAUGCUAUAAAAAAAGAAUUCAAUAAUUCGAUUAAAGAAGAAUUAAAAUCUGAACUUAAAGGGAUUAAAGGAGAAUUCAAGCUAAAAGGAGAACCCAAUCGCUCAGGUGGGAAAAUAAAAAUCGAUCAAAAAGUUUUUGAAAAUAAAUCAACAAUCAAUGGAUGCGCUAAAAAAGAAGAGCCAGUAUGUAAAGAGGAAAAGAUAGAAGAGAAGAUAGAUUCACAAGUUAAAAAUAUUAUUACUAAAAUAGAUUCCGUAGUUCGUAAAAUGGGAAAAUCGCCAACAUUAAGCCAUUAUUGCGAUCAAGUAAAACGCUUGUCCCAGGCAAGUAUUUCCAAAUCGAUGCUUAAACGUUACCUUACGGAACUAAACGUUAUAUUUGUAGACGACGAAGAACCAGAAAGUGAAAUAUAUUUUGUUAAUGAAGCCGGUAACACAUCAAGUACAGAAUUAAUGAUAAUAUCUGAAAUAAGAAAUAUAGAAAAUAGACUUAAAUACAUUGGAAAAAUUCCCGAGCUGAAAUAUUUUUAUGAGGAAUUAAAUAAACAACUUCUUAGUAAAAAACAAACAGACGUGAUUUUCUCUCAACAAACCGUACUGGAUUGGCUUAAUGAGUUAAAUAUUCAAUGUCAAGAAAACUUAAGCAAUUAUCCCAGUAUAGACUAUUUCCAUGCAGAAUUGGAAUCAAAAGGAUACGAAUGUCCAGAGUCAAAUAUUGCCAUGAUGUUAAAGCAGAAGAAAAUAAAAUUCCGGGAAAUAGGUGAUCUAGAACCACCAACAAAAUACUUAAAUAACAAAGACCAGAUCGAAAGAGCUUUGUACGAUAUUAACACACACUUUUAUAAAAACGUGGUAGGGUAUAACGACGAUAUUAAAUAUGUAGAUUUGAGAGACGCACAUCCAAAGAAGGAUGUCACCAAAGCUAUUGCCGCUAGUGAGUAUUACUUCUACAGUGUCCAAACAGUUCCUACUGACAGCGAUUUUUAUAAACGACUUGUCAGCCGAUUUGGUGAAUCUAUUUGUAGUAUAAAUGUUAUGACGCAGUGGUUAAAUCAACUCGGUAUAGGACAAAGAAAUCAACGUUGUUUUAAAGACAUUCCAAAUCUGGACUAUUUUUGUGAAAAAUUAUUUAAGAAGAAUUCCGUUAGAUAUAGCAAACACGUUGUUCGAAAAUGGUUAAUUGAAUCAGCAAUUGUUUUUGAAUACGAAGACCUUGACCCGUUAGAAAGUCAAGACAAUGACCAAGCCAAUUUCGCUGGUUUGACGGAAUAUUUAAAAAAACUAAAUGCGGAUUACUACAAAAUAGAUGGUGAAAUUAUACAGAUCAUCAGAAAUAUUGAAAGAGGAGAUGGUAGGGUUAAGUUAACACCUCCUUUUAGUAAACUUUAUGAAGCAUUGUGCCAAGCAAGAGGCGAUUUAAGCGUAGACACUGUAGAGGUUUGGUUAAAGCGUUUGAUGGUGAAAUAUGUACCAGAUCAUCCAAAACUAACAACAUUAAAUAAAACGCUUCAUUAUCCGUGUCUUAUUCCCCCUCUAGACUAUUUUUAUGAAAAACUAGUCGAUAAAUUGGGUACUACAUUUCCAAAAAAGACUCUUGCAAAAUGGUUGGAUCAGUUGACUAUAUUAUAUUAUCCAAGCGACUUAAGCGACGAUCCAAACGUACAAGAUAUUGCUUUAAAUACGGAUAUAGUUAAAAUACUAAUAGAACUGGAAAGCGAACAUGAAUCAUUCUCAGAUGUAUCUAUCAGCGAUAUUUUAAGAUCAGUUCAGAUCAAUUUUGCAGAAUAUAAGAAAGUUCCAACCCUAGAUUACAUUUAUAAACAUGUGCAAUCGUCUAAAAUAUUUUGUACAAAAAAAUCACAGUUUUCAGAUUGCAAAGAUAUAUUAAAACAUUGGUUAAAAAUAUUACGUAUUGUUUACACGGAUCUAGAUGACCGAAUCAAGAAAGACAUUACUUGUAUUUCAAAUUAACUCCUUCGACUGUAGUCACAAAUAUACCCAACAAAGAAUCUGUAAUUAUAAAGACUGACCAAAAGCAAGUAAAUAUAUCAAACAUUAUUCCACCAAAAAUUUGUAACGAUAUUAGACCUAAAAUAAUAAAAGUAGCCGAUUUAAGUGUGUUACAAAAUGAUAAAAAGGUUAACCAAAUUGAAACUGUACCACAUACUCAGCCUCAAAAGGUAGCAAAUCCAACAUUAAAUAGUAACGGGACCAAUAGUCCAAUAGCACUAAAACCAACGACGACAGUAGACAGUGACCGUUCCAGUCCACAACUAAUAAUAGCAGAUAUAAGAAGUUUAAGUCCCGCGGUGCCUCCACCAACAGGUAAAGAAAUUCUAGAUAAAACAUCUAAAGAAAAUGUUUCGUUGAAAAUGUCAAACAAGAAAAAAGUGAAUAACAUGAUGAUAUUUCCGCGUGAAGUAAAGAUAUUAUUACGCGAAGGUUUUUUUAAAACAAUUGCAACCGAAUUUCAAUCUCGGAAUGAAGUACCCACUCUAGAUUACAUAUAUACAAAAUUAAAAGAGAAAUGUUAUUAUUUCAGCAAAUCAUACCUUCAAAAAUUAUUAACAAAUUUAAAUAUAUCAUUUUCUGACACCGAUUCAAAUGGAUCACAAACAUUACAACCAGCAGAUAAGAAUUCAGAUGAGAGUCAAGAAAAGUGUACAGUUUCAGAGAGUAUUGAUAAACGAAAAAGUUCUGUAACAGUUAAUACUAAGACGAAUACCACACCCAAACGAAAAGUAGGACGACCACCGAAAAAAGCUACCCCAAUCUCGGAAACGAUAAAAACACUUCCUGUAAAAACAGUUCCUGUAAUCGAAAUUGACGAUUCCGAUGAUGAUACAGACAGUGUUGCUAAAAAGAAACGUAAAUUAGACAGUAAAAACCCACCAGACGUUAUAGAAAUUAGAGACGAAGAACUCGAAGUAACUGAAGAUGGUACAAAUGAAGAAAAUGAUCAGAAAAAAUUGGCGGAAAUUUUUUCGGAAGUUCAAUUAGAAUUUUUCAAGAAUUCCGAUGUUCCCCGUUGUAUCGAUAUCUAUAAAAAAGUAAUCGAACACUUUGGAGAUAAGUACAGUUUGCCAGAAGUAAAAGAUAUGUUGAAGAAAUACGGUAUUGAGGUCAAAAACUAACACCGGUAAUUUUCCGAUGAAAAACGUUAAGUACGAGCCCAAUUAUACUGCUAAAAUACUAUUGUACAUAUAUUUUUAUUUGUGAUUUUGUUAAUAGAAAUAAAAAAUUAAGUUUUUUA